GACGGCAGGGAGAGGCGAAUGGGUAGAGCGGCUGCCUCUAUCGUGGAGCCUCUCUGCUCAUCUCCGGCUUCCGGCUCUUUGGUAGUAGUUUGUCGACGGAGGAGGGAAGCCGUCAGCGUGGAGCGGCGCUAUAAUGGCGAGUGAGGGAGAGACCAAGGACUCGGAGAAGUCUUUUAAACUGCUGGGAAUACUUGAUGUCAGAAAUGUCCCUUGUGCUCGAGAAUCAGUGCUCUAUGGAUCAUUGGGUAGUGUCGCUGUGGGCCUUGGACACUUUUUGGCAACUAGCAGAGUGAGACGAUCCUGUGACUUUGGAGUGGGAGGUUUUAUCCUGACAACACUAGGAUGCUGGGUCUAUUGCAGAUACAAUAAUGCAAAACUAAGGAUUCAGCAACGCAUGAUUCAAGAAGGUAUAAAAAACAAGAUUUUGUUUGAAAGCACUCAGUUUGAUCCAGAGAAGAAGACAGUAACAAACAGUGAAGGAAACAGCUCAUAGUUUUUUGUAAUAAAGAAUUUGUAGUGAU